UCCGUUGUCGGUCGGUGAAGCGGUCUGUAUCGUCUACUGUGACCAGUUGGAACACCUCAUCCUCUCGUGCUUUGUGAAAAGAUGCGCCAAAAUGACGUCCUAAGCGUGCAGCUCCUCCUCCUUCCUGGGCGUCAGGUCAUCCCGGAAUCCGGUUGUACGGUUCUGUGAAAUUGUGAAAUAAACAAAACAACAAAACAAGCAACACAAGGAAGGGAAAGGAAGAAAAACGUGACAAGCAUUAGUGAAAUUGCAACCGUGUGUCUCUCGGUUGCGGCCACUUUAGUUUGGCGACGACGAAAGUGAUAAGACAAGCGUCGACCGGCCGGGUUCGUGGUGGGCUGGGCCCAGAGUUCCAGGCCCAGGUUCCCGUGAGAGAUAACGAGUGUGAGCGGGGGGGACGCGGGUGGUAGACCUUUUGACUGUGCAGUUCCGUUCCGUUCCGUUCCGGCGUGAUAUCGCGAGCCCAUCUUACGGUUGAAUACCGCGUGCUGUUCGAUCAUCAAGAGAGACGCCAACCAUCGACUGUGCGAGUGAUUGCAAUUGCGUGUGUGUGUGUGUGUGUGUGGGAGAGAGAGAGAGUGGAUACUGUUGGAGUGAAGUUUGAGCAUCUUACCUCCCCCACCCCGUUCGUGCGCGCCAAUCCACCAUGGACAUGACGAUGACGAAACAUCACGGUUGCACCACAACGACCGCGAACCCGGCGACGAUGGCGUCGCUGCAGCCGCAGAUCUCGAGCGGUGCUUCCUCCGCCGAACACAUCAAACGACCGAUGAACGCCUUUAUGGUGUGGUCCCGGGGCCAGCGGCGCAAGAUGGCCCAGGACAACCCCAAGAUGCACAACUCGGAAAUCUCGAAAAACCUGGGCGCCCAAUGGAAGCUGCUGACCGAGGGCGAAAAGCGACCGUUCAUCGAUGAGGCCAAACGGUUAAGGGCGCUACACAUGAAAGAGCAUCCCGACUACAAGUACCGACCGCGAAGAAAACCGAAACCGUUGGUCAAAUCACCGACUCCCAACGGUCCGGGACUAGCGAACGGUGGCGGUGGCGGUGGUUCGACGGCAACGGUGGCGUCGCUGGGCAAAGAACCGAUCCCUCAAUCACACUCACCGGUCAGCGGUAGCGGCAAGACGGGCGGCGCUUCCUUUAGCCCUACCCAGCUCACGAGUCCGGUCGGACUUCCGCCCGGCAUCUUCCAUCCUUCCUAUCACUUCGCCUACGAUCUGCACCAGAAGGCGUUCUGGAAUCUGUACGGACCGCAUCUACUGUCCACGGUUGUACCGUCCGCGUACGGCAUUCCACCGCACGCAGCCCUUCCCCUGCCCUACAUAAAGCCCGCCAAAUCAUCACCACCCUCACCGAUUGCGCCCCCGUCGCCCAUACAGUCCAGCAACAUCAUCUGACCUACGCCACUGCGCUACAGCGCCGAGCAUAACGUUUAGUCCGCGUGCAUCCGCAUGCCAGCCAGUGACGCUGAAGAGGGCUCCAUGCGAUGCGUUAGCUCCCGCGCCAGUGACGUCAUACCUCCCCUGUGGCCACACUGCUACAGCGAUCCCGGUUUUCACCUGUGACGUCAAAUGACGAUUCGUGGAAUAAAGGAUCGUACGUGAUCGUCAGAGGAGCGCCACCAAGAGGAUGACAUUUCGAGUUCGAGUGCGAGCAGUCUCGUCGCCUGGAGUGCUGGCAGUGCAGCAGCACCACGCAGCAGUGUACAUAGAAUCCUAACAGCCUGUCCUGUGCUUCAUCCAUCGUGCCAUCCGCAGCAGCUCAUCAACUUCACGUCAGUCAUCAGCUCAUUGUCUAACUUACUAUAAGAAGGUCAGUUAGUUUUGCUAAGUAUAAAUGUAUAAAAGAGUGUCGCAAAAAUUAUCGUAACUCCACUGCGCUAGGUCGUUAUUGAUUGGUGUGUGUGUGUGCGACAAGAGCGCGACGUAAUCGGUUCGUCACGCUAAAGUGGGGCCUCCAGCAAGAUAUGCAAUUGUUGGCCACCAGUUGCAUCACCUACAAACCCGUAGGAGGAGGAGGAGGAGGAAGAAGAAGAAGAAGAGAAAGAUGGAAGAGUUGUUGUAGCGAACACCAGGAAGCACGAAAAUAAGGGUCGCCGAUGAUAAGCGACAGAAAAUAGAAUGCCCCGCAGGCCAAUCGAACCCUCGCCGCCCCUCGCCAGUGACGACAGUGGUGCUCGUGGUCAUGCUCAUGAUGAUGAUCGUGAUGAUGUCGAUGAUAAAGUGAAAUGAAUAAUACGAGAACGGCGUGGUACGACAAGGUGGGUACGUUCACCGCUGGCACGCUGGCACGUAAUAUACAUUUUAAACAAAACUGAUAAGCGAUUGUGUGUGGUUAUGUACAUUGUGAUAAGGAGAGAAGUAACAAAAAGAAGAAGAAGAAGAAGGCCACCAGAAGUGAAGGGGACUGUAUGGUGUGGAGUAAAAAAUGGCCAAAGUAAACCAUACAUAUACAAAGCAACAACCAUAUCAAAACCGGGUGAAAGCAAAUACAGGCGGGCGCGGUGACCGCAUUAUCGCAACCGACGGGGAGCACGGAGCCAUACCGGAACAGAGCGCGGUCUCGGCCUCGGAGCGGCCUGCCACUCGAUAUCAUUGGGAGGGAAAUGCAGAUUUCGAGUAGUAAAAGCCCGCGUUGGAUUUGGAUUUUAGGCGGUGCGAGGAUGGCGAAUGGUUAGAUUAGGCCCUCAACGACACCUCACCUCAUCUCAUUAUCAGUAGCAGCAAAGAGAGCGCCCGUCAGUACCGCGUCGAAACGCAACGUGCAAAUGAUAAAUCAAAAUUGUUACCAGGUUAAUUCUAAGUCUAAAAUCGAUCGGUUUUUAUGGUUUUUAUGUCAGCUGCUCUCUCUCUCACACACACACACACACACACACACUCUCUGGUACGUUCGUAUGGCGUGGCGAUAACUGCGGCCCUUUAAGCCCUUUAAGCUACCGUUUGUACGCUAAUUGCUUCUCAAAUGAAGAGGAAAAGAGCUUCGUACUUGCGGAAGGGGUGUAAUGUUAACUUCUGUUUAGUUUCCGAGCAUUUCUGGAUACGAUUUUUUAGACUUAAAUUUGAAUUGAUCGUAAUUAGCCUUACGGAAUAUUAUUUCGAUUUCGAUGCGAAAUGAUAAGAUAAUCGUCGCAGA